CCUCGAGUGCUUCAGGGGCUGAAGACUCUUCCCAGGCACUUUUCAGCUGGGACAGAAGGCAGCGAUUGGGGACCACUACUUCCUCAGCACAGGAGCAACUUAAAAUGCCUGGGAAGAUGGUCAUGAUCUUUGGGGUCUCAAAUAUACUUUGGAUGGUGUUCGUGGCUUCUCAAGCUUUUAAAAUUGAGACCAUCCCUGAGUCCCAAAUCGUGGCUCAGAUCGGUGGCUCUGUCUCGCUGGUCUGCAGCACCACGGGCUGCGAGUCCCCCUCCUUCUCCUGGAGGACCCAGAUAGACAGCCCGCUGAACGGGAAGGUGCGGAACGAGGGGAGCAUGUCCACGCUGACCCUGGACCCCGUGGGCUUCGGGAACGAGCACUCCUACCUCUGCACGGCCGCCUGUGGUUCCCGGAAAGAGGAGCGAGGGAUCGAGGUGCAAAUCUACUCUUUCCCUAAGGACCCAGAGAUUCAGCUGAGUGCCCCUCUGGAGGUUGGGAAGCCGGUCACAGCCACGUGCUUGGUGCCUGACGUUUACCCGUUAGAGAGGCUGGAGGUGGAUUUGCGGAAGGGCGGCCAUCUCUUGAAGAAUCAGGAGUUCCUGGAGCCUGCUGAGAAGAAGUCCUUGGAGACCAAGGGUUUGGAAGUGACCUUCACUCCCACCCGUGAAGAUAUUGGGAAGGCCCUUGUUUGCCAAGCUCGAUUAAACCUUCCCGAAAUUGAUGAGGGGCUCCAGCAGAGGGCGACUACAGAGAUACUGCAAGUUCACGUCGCUCCCAAGAACACCGUCAUCUCCGUGAAUCCCUCCACAAGGCUGCCAGAAGGCGGCUCCGUGACGAUGACGUGCUCCAGCGAAGGCCUGCCAGCCCCGCAGAUAACCUGGAGCAAGAAGUCAGAGGAUGGGAGGCUCCAGCCCCUUUCUGCGAACGGAACGCUCACCUUAAUUGCUAUGAGGAUGGAGGAUUCUGGAAUUUAUGUGUGCGAGGGAGUUAAUCUGGUUGGGGAAGACAGAAAAGAGGUGGAAUUAAUUGUGCAAGAAAAACCGUUCGCUGUUGAGAUCUCCCCUGGACCCCAGGUGGCUGCUCAGAUCGGUGACUCUGUCGUACUGACAUGCGGUGUCACGGGCUGCGAGUCCCCCUCUAUCUCCUGGAGAACCCAGAUAGACAGCCCCCUGAACGGGCAGGUGAGGAGUGCGGGGGCCACGUCCACGCUGACCCUGAGCGCUGUCAGUUUCGAGAACGAACAUUCUUACCUGUGCACCGUGACCUGUGGACGCAAGAAACAGGAGAAGGGAAUUAAGGUGGACCUCUACUCGUUCCCUAGAGACCCGGAGAUUGCCAUGAGCGGUGGAUUGGUGAGCGGGCAGCCGGUCACCGUGAGCUGCAAGGUGCCUGACGUGUACCCUCUGGACCGGCUGCAGAUUCAGCUACUGAAGGGCGAGCAUGUAAUGGAGAGGAGAAACUUUCUGGAGGACAUGGAGAAGAAAUCCCUAGAGACCCGGAGUUUGGAAACGACCUUCAUCCCCACCACUGAAGACACUGGCACAGUGCUUGUUUGUCAGGCUGAGUUACAAAUUGAUGAGAUGGAUUUUGAACCCAAACAAAGGCAGAGCACACAGACGCUCAGUGUUAACAUUGCCCCCAGGAAUAUGUCCGUCUUGGUCAGCCCCUCCUCCACCCUGGAGGAAGGUCGUUCUGUGCACAUGACCUGCUCUGGCGACGGCCUUCCGGCUCCAAAAAUCCGGUGGAGCAGGCAGCUACCCAACGGGAGUCUGCAGUUCCUCUCUGAGAAUACGACCCUCACCUUGACCUCUACAAAAAGGGGAGAUUCCGGCAUUUAUGUGUGUGAAGGGAGUAACCAGGCUGGAACAAGCAGAAAAGAAGUUAAGUUACUUAUCCAAGUCACUCCACAAGACAUGCAGCUUAGAGCUUCUCCUUCUGAGAGUGUCAAGGAAGGAGACACUGUCACUAUCUCCUGUACAUGUGGAAAUUAUCCCCAAAUGUGGAUAAUCCUGAAGAAAAAAGCGGAGACAGGAGACACCGUGCUAAAGUCUGUAGAAGGUGCCUAUACCAUCCACAAGGCCCAGCUAGAGGAUGCGGGAGUCUACGAAUGCGAAUCUAAAAAUGAGCUCGGCUUGCAGUCAAGAAGUAUAACACUUGAUGUUAAAGAAAGAGAAAGCAACAAGGACUACUUUUCUCCCGGGCUUCUCAUGCUGUAUUGCGCCUCCUCCCUGCUCCUCCCUGCCAUUGGCAUGAUCGUUUACUUCGCCAGGAGAGCCAACAUGAAGGGCUCCUACAGCCUUGUGGACGCACAGAAAUCAAAAGUGUAGCAAGUGCUCGGAAUAUUCCCCCGGAGACACUAUGUAUCAGUCCAAAUUCUUCCUACCAUUCCACGAGCAAAACUGCGCACGGACGGCCCGGAAUUCCAGGGAUGUGGUGGGAACUCUUACAAAGGAGCAGCUGCCUAUGCUUCUGGCUGUGAGCAAGGCGCCCGCGGGAAACUUUCUGCCGGGAAACGGGCACUCCCAUGGAGACGCGGUGACUGCAGUAGGCCCCUGAUGUGUACAUACAGUCACGUGACCUGUACAUUUGUGAAAUAAAACUACGCCAUAGCAGGAUUGCUGGGAAUUGCAGCAUCAGUCAUGAGAGCUCUAAAUAAUUAAACAGUGUUGCCUGGACUGAUGGUUCUAACGUAAUGCCUCUUAGAAAAAUUUAACGUUAAUACUGACUGGCCAGUUACCUACGUCUCAUCUUUUUAUAUUUCGUUUCCUGUAACGGAACUUGAUUCCUAUGAAGCUCAUGGACAACAACGUCGUGUUGGUAAAGACGCCAGGGUUUUCUAUUUUUAGAGGCAAAUGACGAACCAAGAGGGCGCUGGGCUGACUUUCAGGUACGAGACGCUGGGGUCUGUGAUGGACCGGCUGACUGGGUUUCUCUGGACGGUACUGCCGCGGUACGGAGCCGUGGGACGGUGUUGUUUGGUCAUCACACUCUUGUGCAACUUUCCCGACGCGGCCUAAUAACGCCACUCCUUGAAAUCUUCUUUUGUAAAUGUUUAGUCUUUUUGUAUAGUAAAGCGAUCACUGCUGGACUUGGAAGAGUUGUGUUUAUUUAUUAUUGACUGCUUCCUUUCAUCGCCUGGUAGCUCUUUUUGAAAUCCCAGGUCCCCAGGAGGGAGAGUGCAAACCCACAGAAAUAGUAAGUGAUGCCCGAAGUGUAGACCUCAGGGUGCUUCGAUCAGAACCACCGUGGGAACCCGAUAAAAAGUUAGAUUUCUCAGUGCCACCUGAACCCACUGAAUCGAAAUACCUGGUUUUGUGUCCCUAGAGUCUGCAAUUUAAAGAAUUUAAAAUGUAGUAUAUAUGAAGGCGUGAACCCAGAUAAGCACGUGUAUGUUAACAGGCAAUUCAUGGACACCCGGUACAAACCACUAAGACUGAAAGCCAGAACGUUAAUGUCCCUCAGAGCCUCUGUGUUCCACUCACAACUCUCGCACUGAGCGGGAACCGGUAUCUUGAGUUGCGUACUAGGCAUUUCCUUGCUCCCUUUGGAGAUUCUAUAACUUUACAGGUAGCCCUAAGUAAAACAUUAUUAAGUUUUUCCAGGUUUUGAAUUUUACAUAAGUAUAGUCAAACAGUAAAUUGGCCUGUGGCUUCAUUCUUUCAGUCAAAAUUACGUUUCUGCGUAAUUCACCCAUGUUGUUGUACAUAGCUAUAGGUCAUUCAUUUUGUGUUAGUCUAUAGUAUUUAUUACUCUGUAAUACAAUAUAGUAUUAUAAGAUAUUGCCACAAUUUAUUUAUCUCUCCUACUGUUGAUGAAUAUUUGGGCUGUU